AUGUCUUUCUACUUUCAGUCUAGAGAAUGGAUGGAUCAAAGGAUUGAUCCUGGGAGUAAUUGCGUUUCAGAAACAUUUUUCGGAGGUAUUGACGCAUUUAUUCAAUUUGCGUGUAAUCAAGCUGAUUACAAAGAAAGAACUUUAUUGUAUCCGUGUGCUCGAUGCAAAAAUGUGAAGCAACGAGAAGCAAGAGUUGUCGCAAGACAUCUAUUCUUAUACGGUUUUAAGGGAAAUUAUUAUGUUUGGACGAGUCAUGGAGAGAAAUUCUACGAUGUUGGUGAGAGUUCUGGGGCGAAUCAGUUGACGGGUGAAGAAGAAAUGUGGGAGAAUCCUACUUGGAAUGCUUAUGAAGAUCACCAUCAGAAUAUUCCAGAAGUACAAGAAGACAUUGCGCCACCUUACAUGUCAGAAUCUAUAGAAGAGAUGGGCAUAGCGGAACCAUAUCACGAUAGUGUUUUUGAAGCAUUUGAAGCAGACACUCAACCUCUCUACGAAGAAUGUGCAGAGGGAAUAUCUCAGUUGUCUCUUGCUUCGCGGAUGAUGAAAGUGAAGAAAGAUUAUAAUCUACCAGAAGCUUGUGUAGAUGAGAUAUCUGAAGUAUUUAAAAACAUACUUCCACAGCCAAAUAAAGCUCCAGCAACAUAUUAUGAGACAAAGAAACUGACACGAGCGCUUGGGUUACCUGUACAGAAGAUUGACGUUUGCGUGAAGAAUUGUAUGUUAUUUUGGAAAGGAGAAGAUGCAAAGUUGGUCAGUUGUCGGUUUUAUGGAGAAGAUCGCUACUACCCGAAGAAUGGAAAAGGUAAAAACAAACCGAAACAGAGAAUGUUUUACCUGCCAAUUGCAGAUCGUCUGAAGUGUCUAUACCAACUCGAGGUGACAGCUUCCAAUAUGCGGUGGCAUAAGGAACAUGUGACUCCGGAAGGAGAAAUGCAUCACCCAUGUGAUGCCAUUGCGUGGAAACACUUUAAUGAGUUAUAUCCUGGUUUUGCUGCUGAAAGCCGAAAUAUUUAUCUAUGCUUAUCAACAUAUGGGUUUAAUCUGAUUGGUAUGAAUGGCGAAGCACAUUCCCUUUGGCCCGUUAUUGUAAGUCCAUACAAUUUGCCUCCGGGAAUGUGUAUGAAAAGAGAAUUCUUUUACCUUUCGGUGCUAAUUUUGGGGCCCAAACAUCCAAGAAAAAGCUUAGAUAUUUACCUUCAGUAUUUGAUUGAAGAAUUACAGAGUUUAUGGAAGGAUGGUGUGGAGGCAUAUGAUAUUUCAAGGAAAGAAAGAUUCAUAAUGCGAGCAGUGUUGAUGUGGACUAUAAGCGAUUUUCUAGCGUAUGGGAUGCUUUCAGGUUGGACGACGCAUGGUCGGUUGGCGUGCCCAUAUUGUCAAGAUGAGACAUGUGCGUUCUGGUUACGUAAUGUUUGA